AUGUCUUUCUCUUCACCAAGCCACGAUGAUGAGCGACGUGCUCAAGAAUUUUCCAAUCUUGUGCAAGAAUUUAAUCAAAUUGUUCAAGCUAUUGGCGAUCCGGAUGCGCAACCUCGUCGGUGGCGACGAAGAGUGGCAAAGAAGGCCUACAUUCAUCGGGACCGUGAAGCCGGCGCUCUACGUUUGCACGCGGAUUACUUUGCUGAAAAUUCGGUCUACCCCGACAAUGUCUUCCGCCGCCGAUUUUGCAUGCGUCGUGCGUUGUUUUUGCGUAUCGUUAAUGCCGUCGCAUCCGAUCCAUACUUCCAACAACGCACGGAUGCACUUGGAAGACCCGGCUUCAUGCCGUUGCAAAAAUGCACGAUUCUGUCGAGCCAUUAUUCACCUCUUCGGUGCAGAAUACUUGAGGAGGCCGACUACCAACGGCUUCUAGCAAUGCACGAGAAUUGUCCAACGGCAUGGCAAGACGCAUACACUCGCGGCGAUCAGGGGGAACCGACCAUCAUCCUCGAAGCCGUCGCAUCGCAAGAUCUAUGGAUCUGGCAUGCUUUUUUUGGGACUCCUGGUUCAAACAACGAUAUCAACGUGCUCAACAACUCGACGUUGUUCAAUGAUCGGCUGCAAGGAAUGGGGGUGCCGGUCACAUAUCAAGUCAACAACGCCUACUACACAAGUGAGUACUACUUGACUGACGGCAUCUACCCCAAUUGGCCUGUAUUCGUGAAGAGUCCUACACAUCCGACGGAUUCGAAGGGGAAGAGGUUCAAAGUGAUGCAGGAAGCGGCUCGCAAGGAUAUUGAAUGA